CUAAUCCUUCACUAUCUGCACCAAAACGUGUCUACGAGUACGAAGACUAGUGCAAAAUGACAACAGUUAUGAAUCUCUUCCUGCUGAUUGCUUCUGUUCUCUGCAGCUCGGCUGCAGCUGUUCAGCCUUCUUGCACGGAGCUGUAUGCUUCGUACUUUUUGUCGCAGAAUUUCAAUGAGACGAUCGCCCACACAAUUCACUCCAUGAGCGUGCAGGGCCUUCGCCUGUUUAACCCGAGAGCAAAUGAGGAUAAUCGAGUUCCUACUGUGAACCACGACAUCCGUGACGAAGUAAGUGCUGUGGACUUUGCUUACCUCCUUGCAACAUCAAAACAACCGGCACACUAUUAUAAAUUCGCCUCAUAGAGAAGAAUCAUUACAACUGCAGGUUAGCACUAAAACCUCUAGGUGCCCAUGAGCUAGUGAGACCUUGUCAAACUCAACCGUGCAGUCUUUGGUACAAGUUAAGCCAUAAAAACUUCUCAAUUACAGAUUUACUUUUCUUUUCUUAAUCGUCACGUAAAUUUGAAAAUUGGCUGGUUUAGAAUUGGUUGGACAUUCUUUUCAAUGAUUGUUAGCUGGCACUUUUAAAGUGUGCCUAAAUUUUCGCGCUUGGUACAUGUUGGAACUAUUGAAUCAAAUUACAGAUCACGCAAUCAACGAAUUAACAAAAUUAGCUGAAACUUCAACUCUUUGAACCCGAAAAGAAGGAAAUGAUCACCAUCUAAGGGAGCUCUUGAUUGUUAAACAAAUUCUCCAUGUCAAACGUUAGGAAAUGUAUGGAGAGCAGUACAGAGAAUGUGCACACUAAUGUUAGGGUGUAGAGGGUUAAUCUAAUAUGUUGAGCUUCUAGUGAUUCUAGCCCUCAACAAUGGUAUUUUUUCCCAUAAAGGUCCCGGGCUAGACUGGAGUGAGCUGUGCCAUUCAUUUUGUGAGGCAGAUACAGAAGCAAUUCCUUUUUUUUUUCGCUUAGAAAAGGCUGAUUUCAAUGAAAAUACAACAGGGACAAAAUCAUCAUUUCAGAAAAGAUCAGAUCAGAUCUGUCUCUAGAUUCUAAAUUAACGAAAAGGAUGCAUGAUCCGAUCUUUUUCAGUGCCCGUCUGCGUGCGAGUGUCGAUUUUCCUGGUAGAACUUAACUGCUCGGCCGUAAAAGAGUAAGCGUCAUGCACAAUCAUUGACAAAGAAUGUAGUUCUGAAAAUCGGAAUUAACGCCUUUUUAUUAGAGAGUAAGCAUGGCGCCCCACGAGUGUGUCUGGCUCUCAUCGAGUAUGAUUGGGUGCGGAGGGCAGAGAGAGGAAAUAAAUAACAGUGCAGACCCUAAACAACUCACUUUGUUCCUCAGAAAAAGCUGGUGCUACCGUUUGCUCCAGAAGAACCCCGUGGGGAAGAUUUCACCACUGAGACGAUGAAUAUCAUGGACGCCAUUUUGAGCCGGAUUGGUAAGGACGAUGACGGCCUGGGUCCGAAUUGGUCUUCAACUGAGCGAAUCGUUCACAAGUUUCACAUGAUUGACGUGUGGCACAGAGUAAGGGAAGUUUACCAAGAAGUGCUAGAAAACCCGCCGCAGGUAACUUAAGUAUAGCGACAUUUGUGUUAGGAACUGGUCAUUGUUUAUCGUCGGGAGGGGGGUUGGGGAAGUGGCGGGCGACGAUUUUGGUUAUGUUACAAUAAAAUCUACCAGAUCCUCCCCUAACGCUCUGUAGUAUUCUAAAAAUCCUCCCCUUAUUGGCAGUCCAUUGUCUAGGACCCACCCCCCCCCCUUUAUUCAGUGUUAGCGAAGAUCCCCCUAAGAUCCCGCUGAAAACCAUGUGAUCCCCCAAAAGAUCCUCCCACCAGCCCCUUUCCCCCGGCAAUAAUCCGUGACGUGUAACCUGUCUCAUUUUUCCUUCUUUUUAACCAUUUUUCCCGUGUACUUUCAAGAUUGUUCUGAAUUGUUCAAAAUCCGCAGGAUGAUCUGUGCACUUGCCUCUUGGACACUUCAUCAAACGGCAUCUACCAGGCAGUUCACUGGGUAGCAGAGCAUUACAAAUCAGGCACACCCAUCACCCUGUUAAACCGACCCAUCCCUAAGCUGAAGGACGCAAAGUCGUGGAAAGUGUGGAAGAGUCGUCUGUUGUACUACUACAAGCGACCGUCAUUGUAUGACAGCAGCUUGUUUCUUUACUGUGCCACUAAGCAUUUCUGAGCCGGCUGUGUUAACCACAGGAAACUCACAUGGCAAUGAGCGUGGAAAUAUUAACUAACGCGCUCAUUGUUGUUGUCCGCUAAACCCUUUGACUCCCCCCC